ACGUAGUUGGGCUCAUCUUUGUCUUAUCCGUCUCUGUUUCCGAAAACAGGAUUUUUGUCAUGACGAGAGAUGAGAUAUCGGCGCCGAAUGAGCGCACACAGAGCGGCUUAGAAAUGCGCGUCGCCCGGAGCCAUAAUAUUGUAUUUCGCCCGCAGCCAAAAUUCUUUCCGCUCUACCAUUAGCGGCGGCUCAGCCCCAAGUAAACGCGCACGAAUUUUCGCCACAGCCACGUUGCAGGGUUUUUGGCCAUUUCUUUGCAGAGUUUCCCGAUUUCUUCGUGUUCAGGUCUGUUUGAGCCGUCACCACGGAGACCAACGGGGUUCAGGUGGUGAUGUCGGGGAUCCCCAGGGUGGCGUCCCCCUGCCGGGAGAAGGCGCCCGUGCACAUCGACGUGGGCGGGCACAUCUACACCUCUUCUCUCUCGACACUUGCCAAGUACCCAGAGUCCCGUCUGGGUCGCCUGUUUAACGGCAGCGAGCCCAUCGUGCUGGACAGCCUGAAACAGCACUACUUCAUCGACCGGGACGGCGAGAUGUUCGGCUUCAUCCUCAACUACCUCCGCACGGGCAAACUCCUGCUGCCGGACAACUUCGGCACGUUCGACAACCUGUACGAGGAGGCACGGUUUUUCGAGAUCCAUCCCCUGGUCGCCGACUUGGAGAAAUGGCGGGAGGGGAAAUACUACAACAAGAUUUGUGACGUCAUCGUGAUACACGUCAGUCCGGAGCUCGGUGAAAGGGUGUGUGUGAGCGGGGAGAGAGCGCUGAUCGAAGAACUGUUUCCGGAGGUCAGUGGUGCCGUGUGCAACUCGGCGCAUGCGGGGUGGAACCACGACGCGCACCAGGUCAUCAGGUUUCCGCUGAACGGGUUUUGCAGUCUCAAUUUCGUGCAAGUGUUGCAGAGGAUGUUGCAGAACGGACUGAGGAUCCGCGCCUCGUGUGGAGGCGGCGUGGAGAACUCCCAGUUCAGCGAGUACGUGCUGUGCCGUGAACGGAGAGUCCCCCCUGUCAAAAUAAAGGAAGAGCCCAUUGAAGACUGAUACAGAUCACCUAAACGUGAGAAGAUCCGUGGGGAGUGACAACCCCAUUCUCAAAAUUCCCGUCUCAAAACAGCUUGGUCACUCUCAAAAUUUCAAAAU